AUGUCUAAGCCCAAUACAAAAGCCAGCACCAAAGUCAUACCCAAAAGAGAGAAUGGGAGGAGUGGAACUUUUGUUAUAGGCAAUGAUCAUUUCCCAGUAUCUCUAUUAGAUCUUCCUUCUGUUGUGGAAUCAUACAAAACCUAUGAUGACAGUGCUCUGGUUAAAGCUGCAGACAUUGGUCAGAUGAUUAUGGUUAGAGAACCAGGUGAUUCUGCCCCAGAUGUGGUGGAGCACAGACAUGGUAUCACCCCUCCUAUGAGGGAUGCUCGAAAACGUAGAUUCCGGAGGGAGCCAAACCUAAAUCCUGAGCUUGUACAGCGUGUUGAGAAAGAUUUGUUAAACAUCAUGAGCGGAACAAUCGAAAAUGCAGAUAUCCUUUAAUAUUAUAAAUGAAAUAUCAGAAUUGUCUUUUAGCCCAGAAAAAGAAAAAAACAAACUCAUUUUAUUCGAGUCAUUUUAGAUUUCUGAAAGUCAGUGUCACUAUGAACACUGUUGGCUUCUGUUGAUUCCAUGUAACUUUAAAUCUUAUUACAAUUCAAUAUGUUCAUUAUAUGGACAACAAAUGAAUUUAUAGCAGAUUCUGUUGGGUA